AUGUCUAUCGGCCAAGAACAUGACAAUCCUGUUGAAGUUUCUGGUUCGCACGCUUGUUUAUAUGACCUGUUAUGUUUAGAGACACCACACGAGACUUUUCAAAAGGAUUUAGAGACAUCUUCUUCUGAUCCCAGAGAUCGGUUAGAGAAAUUGCUGAAGCAACCUGCGAAUAAAUUUUGUGCUGACUGUGGAUCUCCUGAACCAAAAUGGGUAUCGUUAAGUCUCGGUGUGUUUAUCUGCAUAAAGUGUUCUGGUGUACACAGAAGCCUUGGAGUUCAUAUAACAAAGGUUUUAUCAGUUAAGCUAGAUGAUUGGACAGAUGAACAAGUUGAUAUGCUUGCAGAGUACGGUGGAAACACUGUAGUGAACCAGAGAUUCGAAGCUUGCAACAUCGACCAUUUAAAGAAACCAAAACCUGAUUCCAAUAACGAAGACCGCAAUGAUUUCAUCAGGAAGAAGUAUGAGCUGCAGCAGUUUAUGGAUCCAAAAGAUUGUGCUUUGUGCCCUUAUCAGCAGCCUAGCAGAACAAAUGAUUCAACAUCGUCUUUAUGUUCUGCUAACCCCCGUUCUACGAAAAACCGUAUUGGUAAUGCAUUUAGGAAUAGUUGGGGAAGAAGAGAAUCUGAUCAUAAAGUCCACAAGAAGAGCAAUUCUCUGGCAGGUAUGAUUGAGUUUGUUGGAUUGAUUAAGGUUAAUGUGGUUAGAGGAACAAACCUUGCGGUCCGAGAUGUGAUGACUAGUGAUCCUUAUGUUAUCCUUACUCUUGGCCAACAAUCGGUGAAGACACGAGUGAUAAAGAACAACUUGAACCCUGUUUGGAAUGAGACGUUGAUGCUUUCUAUACCUGAGCAUAUGCCUCCUCUCAAAGUGCUAGUGUACGAUAAGGAUACGUUUUCGACAGAUGAUUUCAUGGGGGAGGCAGAGAUAGACAUACAACCAUUGGUGAGUGCAGCAAAAGCAUACGAGACAUCGAGCAUACAAGAACCUAUGCAGCUGGGGAGUUGGGUGGCGAGCAAAGACAACACAUUGGUGAGUGAUGGAAUAAUUUCACAAGAAGAAGGGAAAGUGAAACAAGACAUAUCACUCAGGCUUCAAAAAGUGGAGAGAGGUGUUCUCGAGAUACAACUUGAAUGUCUUCCUCUCACUCAAUGAUACCCACUUUUCUCUUCUCCCUCUUUAUUUUACUUUUUUCACCUUGAAACCUUUGUAAAAAAACCAUUAUAUUGUAUGUUGUUGAUACAGCCAUUAAUAGUCAAUUUCAUGAACAUUAUAUUUUGUAUGUUUGGUUUCUGAAGCUACCAACAGUAACUGAUUCCCA